UACGAGUAUAAACCGUAUACGGAUCAUUUAGCCGACGCAGUGCAGCCAAAGUAGAAAGUAAAAAUAUAUUCAAAAGCGGAAUUUUGUUAGUCCAAAACCACACCGUACAGUAUAUUUCGCUCUAUUGCAGUGAAACAAAGUAAAUGAACGAUCCCGGCGAUAUACCAUUAACACAGACAAGUAACACGCCGCCGGACCCGGACAACCGGCCGCCCUGCAGCAUUAUAUCCAUUAUACCGACAAUAGGGAUGUCCUCAUGCCGUGGACGUGCCGAGGCAUUUGCGCGAAGUUUGUCCUCCAAACUGCGCACCUUGGGAUCACAGAACAACGAGGUGGACGGCAGCGGAGGAGUCGGCGGCGCUGGUAAUGCUGAGGCAGAGCCCAUCAUAAAUGGAAGCCUUGAUCCCUCCGCUAACAACACUUGGGUGAAUGCCCAUGAGUCCGAACAAACUGUCACCGAUUUGCAGCCAUUGCGUCAUGAGUCGGAUUCAUUUUUCGACUUUGAUUGUGAAUUGGAAUCACCUGGUAGUCCGGUGGACGAAUGCGAAUACCUGCGGCUAAUAGAGACCGCCUCAAAUACACCUCACAAUUCAACAGCCGAGUCGGGUUAUGCCUGUGCGUCGGCAGCAAGCAGUCACAGCAGCAGCACCGAUGGUCCAUAUUUCGAUGCAGCUGGUGCCGGAGGCGUGGGCAAUGGCUCUGCCGGAUUGGGCAUGGUAAACGAUCUGGUGAUGGUAACAACAACACAGCCUCAAAGUCAACUGAAUGGCCUAAUGAACGGCAAUGGCAGCGACAAAGAGAUCUUGGCUGAUGAGAUUAAAGUCGAGGAGACAGUGGCGAAUAAUGAUGAUGAUGAGGCACUUUUGCAGUCCCAAAUACUCAGUGAGCUGCAUCAUCAAAGUAAUAACUUGGCGAACGAUAUAAUAGAAUUGACGUCAGUUGAGGAUCGCCUAACUAAUAGUAAUGGACAUAUACCAGAAGCCAAAGUUGACACCGAUAUUGAUAGUAUCGAUAUAAUAGUACCUGCAACUGAACCUCCUACAGAAAUAGUUCUCCAAUCCUCGCCAGAUAUAUCCCCUGACAGUGGUGUCGAUGAGACGGACAAAGAGAAAAUCCGAGAAUCUCCAACAUUAACAGAUGGCAGGCCACUCUGUGUUGAUGUGGAAAUCGCUCAGUUGGAGCAGGCUAAACAGGAUGUGGCUGAUGUGGCGGCCAAAUCAACGACAUCCGGCGACAAGCAUAGCCACAUGGACACCACAGACGAUGAAGAUGAUUGCCGACCGCAGCGUGUGCGUCGCUGUUCUUCCCUCAAGACAGGCAAAACUCCACCGGGAACGCCUGGACGGAAAAAGAUUGUACGAUUUGCCGACGUUUUGGGCCUCGAUUUGGCCGAUGUGAAAACCUUCCUAGAUGAAAUACCCACCAUACCCAAAUCCGCCUUCGAGGAUCUCGAAAUUUUGGAGUCUGAGCCACCACUGCAAUUGCUGUUGGGACCCAAGCCGGAUAGGCUAUUGAUGCCAUUAUUCCAACAGCCGGGCGGCCUGCCCACAUUCCUUGAUGCAGUGCGCGAGAAGCAAGUAUCGCUUGAGAAUGCCGCAGUCACGGAUAAUAUCAAUCAGACAAUCUCUGGAUCUGUACGCGUCCGAAAUUUGGACUUCCAUAAAUCGGUUCACAUACGAUACUCCCUUGACGGUUGGCGUAGCUAUGCCGAUCUUCAGGCCAAUUACGUUGAGAACUCUUGCGAUGGUUUUUCUGAUAAAUUCACUUUUGUUUUAUUCGGCAACUCAUUGCAUGUGGGCCAACGUUUGGAAUUCGCAUGUAGAUUUCAAUGCAAGGGACAACAGUUUUGGGAUAAUAACUAUGGCGCCAACUACUGCUUCCAAUGCUUGCCAAGCUCAACAAACAAUUCGAGCAACACCAACAGCUCGAACUCAAACUCCUCGAGCUGCACUGUGACAACGUCCGCGUCAGUGGCGACUGGUGCCGUAUCCAACUCAUCUCAUGCGAGCAGUUUGGUCGGUAUGCUAAGCCCCACGGCUGGCGAUGCCUGGUGCAGUUCGUUCUACUAGGAUAUGAUAGAAAGAGUUACAUAGGAUCAAAAGCAGAUCAAGAAACAAAACUAAAACAAAACAGAGCAGCGCAAGGACUCCCAUGGAGGCAGUAGUACGAUGGCAAGGCUUAGUUUCCCCCCCACCCCCAAAACAAAACAAAAAAAAAACACAAAAUUCGAAACCAAAA